CAGAGCGCGGUUUCGUUCGGUGGUUCGCUAAUCUUAUCGUUUACGGAAAUCGGGAAGUAUAGGAAACACAUUCGAACUGUGAUUGAUAACUAUCAUUUGUUGGCAAACAACAGCAAAUGGUUUUCAUCACAUUUGUUUUCAUUCACCACGAAUAUCGUUGCGUUGCGCUAAGAGAAUCAACCAACUAUAAUGUGUGCGUGUUGUGUAUGUGUGUGACGUUAUGCGGAUUAGCAUAGGAAUUGUCAAACUGACUUAACUUUCUGUACGGUACGCGUUGGUGAAUGGUAGGAUAAUGUUCAAUCUAAUUAUAAAUCAGUUUAGUGAAACAACCUACUAUCAGUAGGUAGGUAGGUACUUGUUCCGAUACAAACAUCACCUUGGCUUAGCCCCAUUCUCUUUACGCGGCUCGUGCAAAAAAAACGACAAUAUUUACCAAAGCUUCUGAUAAACAUUACAAAGACCUCGUAAAUUGUGACCGUCAUCAACCGAAAGAUAAGCUUCUCCUCCGGGAUGAGAUUGAGAUGAAGAAGUUUGAAUAGUGCGCCGCAAAAGUUAAUAUGAAAGUGUUUGCUUGUUGGCUUUAAUUCACCUGCAGCUGCGAAUUAAACUCAGUGCAAUAAUGUCGUGCAUUGGUCGGAGCCUCUCGAACUGAAUACUGCUGCACCGUUUCGGCGAGCUACUGGUGGGACAUAAGGAAUAUUUAAUCAGCAAACUACGCUGGACGACGAACGUGCCCAGUAGAUAAAAAAUAGUCGGCAGUAUCGAAUUUAUGAUGUUUAUCCAGCUAAAUAGGCUUGUGGUCAUGCUUUUGGCGACUGUGGGAAUCGUCUACGGCAGAAUAGUGGCCGAUCAUCUCGGGUCAAACUCACUGACCACCGAAAGCACCGUCACUAGUAUGGCCACAACCGCCGAAGGCGGACAUCACAGUAAUGAUGCAUCGGAAGCAAACAUUAGCUCCAUAAACAUUACAUUAACACAAAUUUCAACAUCCACCUCGACUACGUCGACCACACCGGCUCCAACAACGCCGUCAACGUCGACGACUCCUGAGCCAACCACCUCCACAACAACAACCACAACGGAACCAUCAACUUCCUCCACAACAACGACGACAACAAGUACGACCACUACAACCACCGUUCCGACAACCACAACCACGCUAAUCCCACCGACUAACGAGCUGGGCUGCUACAACGCAGCUCCAGAACUAUGCCUCAACCGUGCCGGUGAUUGCGAAUGCAAUCCCGACCCGCUAAACCCUGGUGCCCUGUUUUGCUGCAACGUAACCGACAUCAAUCGAGCGAUCGGCUGUGCUCCGAACGCACCGGACGGCAGCAGUACCUGGAAGUACAUUCACCUGCGCAAUCUGACCGUACGGGAGCUGGUACUGAACGUUUCGAAUCGGUACAUCAAAACCCUGAGCUCGCUGUCGAUCACCGAUGGGAGGAUUCAAAAGAUUAGCAGCUCGUUUGCGCGCUUUUCGUCGCCCGUCUGUCUGAAUGUGUCCAACAAUAAUAUAAGCGAAAUCGAACCGCGGGCGUUUCGGGAAUUGCGCCACCUAACGACGUUGGAUAUUUCGCACAACAAUCUGUCCACCAUUCCGUCGACGAUUGGAAACCUGCGGCUGGACAUCAGAGGCAACAGUGGUAUGCUGUGCAAGUCGCUGCUGGAAUCGCUAAAGGAGGGCGAUAAGUUCAUCGAUCCGGAGGCUACCUUUUGCCUAACGAAUCGAACCUUCAACUGGUUCGACUCGACCGACAGUAUUCCGCUGCACCAGCUGGUACUGAGCCAACGCGUUCAGAAUGACUGUCCCAAGCGGUGCAACUGUGAGCUCGAUCGGUUGAAUUUCGACCUUAACAAUACGGAACGGAAGACGAUCACCGCUCGGGUCGAUUGCUCUGGGCUCGGGCUGGUGGACUUCCCGGAAACGCUUCCGCCCGAUACGGUCACCUUGAACGUAUCCAAUAACAAUAUCACUAGUCUAAAGGCACUGAUUGGAAAGUCGUACCACUCGCUGGUUCGGCUCUACGCCGACGAUAACCAGAUCACGUCGCUGAGCGACCUGGAAGGAACGGACUUCAUCUCGCGGUUUAGCUUCUUUUCGAUCCGUCGCAACCGGUUAAAGACGAUUCAGACCUACCAGUUCAAAUCCAACCUGGAUCUGGGUUCGUACAUGUUUCUCGAAGGGAACCCAAUGACGUGCGACUGCAACGCGGCCAAGAAUCUGAAAAAUUGGCUGCUCAGCAAGAAGGCACAGGUGCCGGAUCACGACCAGAUCUACUGCGAGGGGAACACGCACCUAACCAAGAUGGUACAGAUACAGGAAAGCAAACUGUGCCAAUCGCAGCACGAUUGGACGGACUACAUCUACUAUCUGAUAGCGACCGAGAUCAUACUGCUGAUCGCACUCAUCUGUAAAGUCUCGUACGACUAUUGGGUCUUCAAGACGGCCGGUUAUUUACCGUGGCCGGCGAACAAAAUGCCAAAAUUACCGUGCGAUUGUCUGUGCGAGUGAGUCGCACGCCGCCGGCGUAACGGAUUUAUUAGGAUUAUGACUGUCUCUCUACCGUUUGUGCUUUAUUAAGGCAAGUAUCUAGAAAUAGGUAAGUUAGUUGUGCCUUUCUCAUGUGAAAUUGGUUGUGAAUGAGAAAAAAUGGGUUUUAAUGUGCCUUAUAUGUCUGUGAUUGCGUAGAAGGAAACUAUUUAAAAUGUAGUUUAUAUAAAUUUUAU